AUAAAGCAGCUGAUGAGGGUCGAACCGGCAGGAAACUGAUGAAAGCUCGGAUCGACUGACGAUGAUCAUCGGUGUGUGGCGCUGAGGAUCAGCGAAGAUGUACGAGGAGAACCACCGAAGUUCUGGUCGUAAUGGCUACGCCAAAGCUGUGGAUGGGGAGGAAGGAGGGGGCGAGGGUGAGGAAGAGGAGGAGGGAGGAGAAGUGGAUGGAAGAGAGGACAGAGAAGAAGGAGGAGGUGAGGAGAGUAACGCCGAGUGGGAUCAAGAGCUGGAUGGAGAGGAUGAAGGAGGUGUGAGGAUGACAAGAACAGACACGCUUCACUCGACCACAAGUUCAACGGGAACGCAGAGAAAAAGAGGACAACACGCUAAGAAACAGGUGCAGGGCACUAAUCAGGUCCAGCGAGCUCCCCGGGCAUUAUACUGUCUGAAACUCAACAACCCAAUCAGACGGGCUGCGCUCCAUAUUGUCGAGUGGAAGCCAUUUGACAUCUUCAUCCUGUUGGCCAUCUUUGCAAAUUGUGUCGCCCUGGGAGUUUCCAAACCAUUUCCUGAGGAUGACUCCAACUCCACCAACCAUGAUCUGGAACAAGUAGAGUAUGUCUUCCUCAUCAUCUUCACCGUGGAGACCUUCCUAAAGAUUCUGGCCUACGGUCUGGUGAUGCACCCCAGCUCCUACAUCCGCAACGGCUGGAACUUGCUCGACUUUGUCAUCGUCAUAGUUGGCUUGUUCAGUGUUGUCCUGGAGACAAUGACUCAUAAGUCAAGUGGCGAGCAAGCAACAACCCAUCACAUGCCUGGGAAACCUGGAGGUCUGGAUGUCAAAGCUCUAAGAGCCUUCAGAGUCCUGCGGCCCCUCAGACUGGUUUCUGGAGUCCCCAGUCUGCAGAUUGUGUUGAACUCCAUCAUGAAGGCGAUGGUUCCUUUGCUUCAUAUUGCUCUGCUGGUUCUCUUCGUCAUCAUCAUCUAUGCCAUCAUCGGUCUGGAGCUCUUCAUCGGACGCAUGCACAGGACCUGCUACUAUAUAGGAACAGAUAAUUAUGUGGAGGAUGACCCGGUGCCGUGUGCGUUUGCUGGUCAUGGCCGUCAGUGCAUCAUAAAUGGCUCAGAGUGUCGGGGAAGGUGGGAUGGUCCCAAUGGAGGAAUCACAAAUUUCGACAACUUCUUCUUCGCCAUGUUGACCGUGUUCCAGUGCAUCACCAUGGAGGGAUGGACUGACGUGCUGUACUGGAUGAACGAUGCCAUUGGGUUUGAGCUGCCGUGGGUGUAUUUUGUUAGCUUGGUGAUUUUUGGCUCCUUCUUUGUUCUCAACCUCGUUCUGGGAGUCCUCAGCGGAGAGUUCAGUAAGGAGAGGGAGAAGGCAAAGGCUCGUGGUGAUUUCCAGAAGCUGCGAGAGAAGCAGCAGAUGGAGGAGGAUCUGUGUGGGUACAUGGACUGGAUCACUCAGGCUGAGGACAUGGAUGAACUGGACGAGGAUGGAAACCCACGGCCGUCUCUGGGCGAUCUGGCCGAUAAGAAGAGAGGGAAGUUUGGAUGGUUCAGUCACUCCAACGAAACUCAUGCGAGUCUUCCUGCCAGUGAAACAGCGUCUGAAAACACAGAGAACAUCGAUGAGGAACACACCAACUGCUGCCAGGCCUGCUGUGCUCAGAUGAUGAAGAUCGGCUGCUGUCGGACGUUACGUCGCUGGAAUCGAGUCUGUCGCAGAAACUGUCGCACUGCCGUCAAAUCCGUAACUUUCUAUUGGCUGGUUUUGCUGCUGGUCUUCCUCAACACCUCCCUCAGCGCCUCCGAGCACUAUAACCAACCAGAUUGGCUGACUCAAGUCCAGGACAUUGCCAACAAGGUGCUGCUGUCUCUCUUUACGGUGGAGAUGUUGCUGAAGAUGUACAGUUUGGGUCUGGCCCAUUACUUUGUGGCGUUCUUUAAUCGUUUCGACUGCUUCGUGGUGUGCGGUGGCAUCGUGGAGACCAUCCUGGUGGAGCUGGAGAUCAUGCCUCCUCUGGGGAUCUCUGUGCUGCGCUGCGUCCGUCUGCUGCGGAUCUUCAAGGUGACACGGCAUUGGACGGCUCUGUCCAACCUGGUGGCAUCGCUGCUGAACUCCAUGAAGUCCAUCGCCUCGCUGCUGCUCCUUCUUUUCCUCUUCCUCAUCAUCUUCGCCCUGCUCGGCAUGCAGCUGUUCGGAGGAAAGUUCAACUUUGAUGAAACGCAGACCAAACGCAGCACAUUUGACGCUUUCCCGCAGGCGCUGCUCACCUGUUUCCAGAUCCUGACAGGUGAGGACUGGAACAUGGUCAUGUAUGACGGCAUCAUGGCGUACGGCGGCCCCGUGUUUCCCGGGAUGAUCGUCUGUAUUUACUUUGUCAUCCUCUUCAUCUGUGGUAACUACAUCCUGCUGAACGUCUUCUUGGCUAUCGCCGUGGACAACCUGGCAGGAGGAGACAGUGAUGACAAGAAAAAAGAUAAGAAGCAGGAGGGAGCAGAGGAGGAAGCUACAGAAGGAGAAGUGAAGGUCGAUGUUGAUGAAGACACUGAGUAUGAAGAGGAAGAGGAGCUUCCUGAAGGAGAUGAAGACGGAGGAGUCCAGUUAAAGAUGGCCGAUCUUGCUCCUCCUAAAGAGAAGGUUCUCCCGAUCCCAGAAGGAAGCGCCUUCUUCUGCCUCAGCAAGACAAACCCUAUCCGUGUGGCCUGCCACACUCUGAUCCACCACCACAUCUUCACCAACCUCAUCCUCGUCUUCAUUAUCCUCAGCAGCUGCUCAUUGGCUGCCGAGGAUCCGAUCAGAGCCCACUCCUUCAGGAACAAUAUUCUGGGCUAUGCAGACUACGCCUUUACCUCCAUCUUCACUGUGGAGAUUCUGUUAAAGAUGACGGUCCACGGAGCGUUCCUCCAUCAGGGCUCGUUCUGCAGGAACUGGUUUAACUUGUUGGAUCUCCUGGUCGUCAGCGUCUCUUUGGUCUCCUUCUUCCUGCAUUCCAGUGCCAUCUCAGUGGUGAAAAUCCUCAGGGUCCUCAGGGUGCUCCGACCUCUGAGGGCCAUCAACAGGGCCAAAGGACUCAAGCAUGUGGUCCAGUGUGUGUUUGUGGCCAUCAGGACCAUCGGAAACAUCAUGAUUGUCACAACCCUGCUGCAGUUCAUGUUCGCCUGUAUUGGAGUCCAGCUCUUCAAAGGUAAAUUUUACCGCUGCACCGACGAAGCCAAGCACACCCCCGAACAGUGCAAAGGGACCUUCGUGGUGUACAAAGAUGGAGACGUGAGCCAUCCGAUGGUCAGGGAGAGGAUCUGGAUGAACAGUGACUUUAACUUUGAUAACGUCUUGAUGGGGAUGAUGGCGCUCUUCACCGUGUCCACCUUUGAGGGCUGGCCUGCUCUGCUCUACAAAGCCAUCGACGCCAACGGCGAGAACUCUGGUCCCAUCUACAACUACCGGGUGGAGAUUUCCAUCUUCUUCAUCGUCUAUAUCAUCAUCAUCGCCUUCUUCAUGAUGAACAUCUUUGUGGGUUUUGUCAUCAUCACCUUCAGAGAACAGGGAGAGCAAGAAUAUAAGAACUGUGAGCUGGACAAGAACCAGCGUCAGUGUGUGGAGUACGCUCUGAAGGCUCAGCCGCUGAAGCUUUACAUCCCGAAGAAUCCGGUUCAGUAUAAGUUCUGGUCCAUCAUCAACUCGACAGGAUUUGAAUACGUCAUGUUCGUCCUGAUUCUUCUCAACACUGUCACUCUGGCCAUUCAGCACUAUGAACAGUCCAAAACCUUCAGCUACAUCAUGGACAUCCUCAACAUGGUGUUCACUGGACUCUUCACUUUGGAGAUGCUGCUCAAGCUGGCAGCUCUCAGAAUAAGGCAUUACUUUGUUGACGCCUGGAACUCGUUUGAUGCUCUGAUUGUGGUCGGCAGUGUGGUCGACAUCGUUGUCACGGAGUUCAGCAGUGGAGAGGACAGCUCCAGGGUGUCUAUCACCUUCUUCCGCCUGUUUCGAGUGAUGCGAUUGGUCAAGCUGCUGAGUAAAGGGGAGGGCAUUCGUACACUCCUGUGGACUUUCAUCAAAUCGCUGCAGGCUCUGCCAUACGUUGCUCUGCUUAUUGCCAUGAUCUUCUUCAUCUACGCUGUCAUCGGCAUGCAGACAUUUGGGAAGAUAGCGAUGCAGGAUUACACUCAGAUCAACAGAAACAACAACUUCCAGACAUUUCCUCAGGCUGUUCUCCUCCUCUUCAGGUGUGCUACCGGUGAGGCAUGGCAGGAGAUCAUGCUAGCCAGUCUUCCAGGUAAACGCUGCGACCCCGAGUCAGACUACGAACCAGGGGAGGAGUUCAGCUGCGGCAGCAACUUCGCCAUUGUUUAUUUCAUCAGCUUCUUUAUGCUGUGCGCUUUCCUGAUUAUCAACCUGUUUGUUGCUGUCAUUAUGGACAACUUUGACUACCUGACACGUGAUUGGUCGAUUCUGGGGCCACAUCAUUUGGACGAGUUCAAGAGGAUCUGGUCAGAAUAUGAUCCAGAGGCCAAAGGUCGAAUAAAACACCUGGACGUUGUUGCACUGCUGAGGAGGAUUCAGCCUCCUCUGGGUUUUGGGAAGCUUUGCCCUCACAGAGUCGCCUGCAAGCGUCUGGUAGCGAUGAACAUGCCUCUGAAUGCUGAUGGGAUGGUGACCUUCAAUGCCACGUUAUUUGCUCUGGUUCGCACUGCACUUAAAAUCAAGACUGAAGGUAACCCUGAGCAGGAGAACGAGGAGCUGAGGGUGAUCAUCAAGAAGAUCUGGAAGAGAAUGAAGCCAAAACUUUUGGACGAAGUCAUACCGCCACAUGAAGAGGAGGAAGUAACUGUUGGGAAGUUUUAUGCUACUUUCCUCAUCCAAGACUACUUCAGGAAGUUCAGGAGGAGGAAAGAAAAAGGAGAUCUGACCGGAGAGAAUGACUCACCCAAUCCAUCUGCUCUCUGUAAAGCUGGUCUGAAGACUCUGCAGGAUCUGGGUCCAGAGAUGCGCUUGGCUCUGAACGAAGACCUAGAGGAGGAGGAGGAGGAGGAGGCCAUGAUGGAGGACGAGGAGAUGGAGGAGAAUGCUGCAUAUAAGGCUGAAAAUGGUUAUGCAGAGAAAGAUCGGCGAGGCUCAUUACUGACACCUACUGGUCAGGGCGGUGUUGUGGGUGACGGCGGCGUCUCUAACGGAGGUCUGAUACACCGGGUCGGGUCUCUCACCAAGAUGGCAAACGGCAGCGAUCAGGACGAACAUCUUCGCCGGGGAGACAGCAUGAGGUCAUCCAUUAAUCGACAUCCCUACCGCCGCUCAUCCGUGAAGAACGGCCUGCUGGACCAUGGCCACAAAAGACCGUCAUACUACAAAGGAAGAAGGGACUCGCGGGACAGAUCGUGGAGGAACGGAGACAUGGAGGCUUAUGGAGAGCAGGGUUACUACAGCAGAGAAGAAGACAAUGACAGCAUCACCUCCAGAGACAGACAUUAUCCUGAUGAGCCUCCUCUGUACAGAGACCAUUACGAUGGCCACGCCUCCUAUACCAACAGUAGCUAUGGUAACGGCUACAGCGAGGGGAGGAGGACGACCAGAAGACGCCUACUUCCUGCCACGCCCACAGGUCGGAAGCCGUCAUUUAACAUCCAGUGCCUGAGGAGGCAGGGCAGCAGCGACGACCUGCCGAUCCCCGGGACCUACCACCCGACAUCGCCACCACGUCGCACGCGCACACAGCAAACGUUCAACAGCUUCGAGUCUCGUCACUCCUCCGGUCGCUCCACGGCGGCCUCCUCGGCAUCCUGGGCGAACCCGUGCCCUCGCCGCGGUCGCCUCCUCUACGCUCCUCUAAUCCUGGUGGAGGAGGAAGGAAGCCCACCCUGGGGGGGAGGAGGAGGACCUGCGGGUGAAAUAAAGAAGGGAGGAGCAGGAAGAGGUGUCAGCGUGACAGGUGCGGCACCCAGACCAGCCUGGUACGGCGGCCCUGCCGGGACAUCAGCUCCGCCCCCAUACAGGGCAUACACCACCCUCAGAGUCCCCUCUCACCUUGGAGCACCGUUCACUGAGAAAAGAGGGUCAGCUGACAGUCUGGUGGAGGCGGUUCUGAUCUCAGAGGGCCUCGGUCUUUACGCUCGGGAUCCAAAGUUUGUGGCAUUUGCAAAGAGGGAGAUCGCUGACGCGUGCCACAUGACAGUGGAUGAGAUGGAGUCGGCUGCCAGCGACCUUCUUGGCUCAGGGAGCCACAGCUUUCUCAGCAACGCUGCCAGCGACCACGCUGCACUCUACAGUGAUGAGGAGCCAAUCAGGACAGGCCAUGACGAGGAUGAGUUGGCUGACGAGAUGACCUGUGUGACAUCAUUCUGAGGCUCUGGACCAAU